AUGACUACCUCUUCAUCUUUGCUCACCGUCACUCUCUGCAUUCUCCUUAUAUGCCAUGGCAGUCAAGCUCAAAUAGCUCAACGCCAAUCUUCCCGAUCACAGCAGCAACAACAGGGCGAAUGCCGCGUCCAGAACCUCAAUCCCCUUGACCCUGUUCGCCGCUAUCAGCAUGAGGCCGGUGUUACCGAAGAAUGGGACCAGAACACUGACCAGUUGCAGUGUGCCGGCGUGGCAGCCACUCGUCAUGUUAUUGAUCCAAGAGGCCUCCUCUUGCCCUCCUUCAACAAUGCUCCCAUGCUAGCUUAUGUUCUUCAAGGUCAAGGCCUACUAGGGAUGACAUGUCCUGGCUGCCCAGAAACCUACCAAUCUUUCCAGCAAACUCAGGAAGGAAGAUCAUCUCAGAGGUCAAUGGACCAGCACCAAAAGGUCCGACGUAUCCGCCAAGGAGAUAUCGUUGCAUUGCCGGCCGGAAUUGCCCAUUGGUGCUACAAUGACGGCAACAACCAUCUUGUUCUCGUUGUGGUUCAUGACACCAACAACGAUGCCAACCAGCUUGAUCAGAGACUCAGGAGAUUCUUCAUUGCCGGAAACCAACAAGAGCAGCAACCAAGAAGCUUGUAUGGACAACAACAACGCCCCUUCGGCCACAAUAUUUUCCAAGCUUUUAAUGUUGAGAUUCUGGCGGAAGCUUUCAAUGUAGACCCUGAGACCGCAAGGAAGCUACAGAACGAGAACGAUAGGAGAGGAAACAUUGUGAGGGUCGAAAAAGGGCUUCAAUUGGUAAGGCCAAGGUUCGAGGAGGAAGAAGAAGAAGAAAGAAGAGAAGAAAGAGAAAGAGGGAGAUACAAUGUUAAUGGCUUGGAGGAGACCAUUUGCAGCAUGAGAAUCCGAGAGAACAUUGCUAACCCAGAGCGCGCCGACGUGUACUCAGCUCGUGGUGGCCGUAUAAGCACUGUCAAUAGCCACAACCUUCCCAUUUUGAGAUAUCUUCAACUCAGCGCUGAGAGAGGAAAUCUCUACAGGAAUGCCAUGGUAGCACCUCUUUGGAACAUAAACGCGCACAGCGUGCUGUACGUGAUAAGGGGAAAUGCUCACAUUCAGAUCUCCGGGAACUCUCAGAGGCCCGCCUUUGAUGGAGAAGUACGCGAAGGGCAGCUGCUGAUUGUUCCGCAGAACUUUGCCGUUGUGAAGAGAGCUCGGGACCAAGGUUUUGAAUGGAUUUCAUUCAAAACAAAUGACUUGGCAAAGACCAGUCCUCUCGCCGGAAGGACAUCGGUGGUUCGGGCUAUGCCGGAGGAGGUCCUAAUGAAUGCCUAUCAGGUUUCCAGAGACGAAGCAAGGAGGUUGAAGUAUAACAGACAGGAGGUGACCAUCCUUAGUCCAAGGUCUACUUCCUCUCGAGGACAAGGGCCUUAUACGGAGUAA